CCCCAGGGGAGCCAGCCUCUGGCUUCCCUCUGCAAUGGCCGCGUGCCUCAGACCCGGAGGGGCGAGUUAGUUGGUUGGAGAGUGGCAGCUCCCCAGCCUGGGACACAGUUUCCGCUGGCAGCUCCAGACCAGCCAGAGCUCUGCUCUGCACCACCAGGGCUGGUGCUGGUUGGGGCCGGGGGUGGACCGCUGCCCCCAGGGCUGCUCCCAGUGGCUUAAGACCCUGCAGGGGCAGGUGAGACGAGCAGCGGGGAGAGCUACCCGAGACGCUUAGGACCCUGGCUGGGGAAGGCGAGUCAGUCCCGUGGGGGCAGGGCUCCUGGAACCAGGAACUGCAGCCUAAGUUGGAGCUUCCGCACCCCAUGUUACCUGGAGAAAAGCUGGACCCAAUUCCUGACAGCUUCAUCCUGCAGCCACCAGUCUUCCACCCGGUGGUUCCUUACGUCACAACGAUUUUUGGCGGCCUGCACACAGGCAAGAUGGUCGUGCUGCAGGGAGGGGUCCCUCUAGGUGCACGCAGGUUUCAGGUGGACUUCCAGUGCGGCUGCAGCCUGUGUCCCCGGCCAGAUAUCGCCAUCCACUUCAACCCUCGCUUCCACACCUCCAAGCCCCACGUCAUCUGCAACACCCUACACGGUGGACGCUGGCAAAGGGAGGCCCGGUGGCCCCACCUGCCCCUGCAGAAAGGGGACAGUUUCCUCAUCCUCUUCCUCUUUGGGAAUGAGGACGUGAAGGUGAGUGUGAACGGACACCACUUUCUCCACUACCGCUACCGGCUCCCACUGUCUCGUGUGGACACCCUGGGCAUAUUUGGUGACAUCGUGGUGGAGGCUGUUGGAUUCCUGAACAUCAAUCCAUUUGUGGAGGGCAGCAGAGAGUACCCCGCUGGACACCCUUUCCUGCUGAGGAGCCCCAGGCUGGAGGUGCCCUGCUCAUGUGCUCUUCCCCAGGGUCUCUGGCCCGGGCACGUCAUCGUGGUGCGGGGGCUGGUCCUGCAGGAGCCAAAGGACUUCACUCUGAGCCUGAGGGACGAGGCCGCCCACUCUCCCGUGACUCUCAGGGCUUCCUUCGCAGACAGGACUCUGGCCUGGAUCUCCCCAUGGGGACGGAAGAAACUGAUCUCGGCCCCCUUCCUCUUUCACCCCCAGCGAUUCUUUGAGGUGCUGCUCCUGUGCCAGGAGGGAGGGCUGAAGCUGGCGCUCAACGGGCAGGGGCUGGGGGCCACCACCCUGGGCCGGCAGGCGCUGGAGCGGCUGCGGGACCUCCGCAUCAGUGGAAGCGUCCAGCUGUACUGUGUCCACUACUGAGGGGACCCUGGCCGGAGAAGAGGAAGGCCAGCCAAGGCCCAGGGUCCCACGGUCCAGCCCUCGCUCUCCCUUCCCCAUUAAACUGUCCACCUGUCACCACCGCAUCCGGCCUGGCUCCUGGGGUCACGAGCCUGAAUCUGCAGGGGCUCUGGGCGGCAGCAGAGGGAAGACAUGAGGCCUGAGGCUCCUCCGGCGUUGUCCCUGCCUCACCCGGGAGCUGGGAUUUGGCUCCAUCUGCCUUCAGGGCCCACUGUGCUCAUGGAAGCAGGUUUUGAAGCCCAACAAAGAUACU